GUUAGAUUAUUGAUGAAAUUUCAUGAACCCGUGCAAAAUUUUAGAUAUUUAGUAUUUUCUCGUGUACAUUGCCUGGGUAUUUCGUCCGAAUAUGCGUUGGCUACUAUUACCAAACAGAAAAAGAAUUACUGUUUUUUGGAUACUGGUAACCACUCCAGGCGUUCUAGAUUCAGGUAUCCUAAUUUUGUUAUUAGGGAUGUUAACGAAAGGAUAACUUCUAGUAGACUUUCAGGAGAAUCAACGGGAGAGUUCCUUAUGAGGGUUUACUAUGAAAAUUACUGCGUUUGGAUACUGGUAACCACUCCAGGUGUUCUAGAUUCAGUUGCCCUUCCGUUUAUUAGUCCAUUCUUUUCCGUUGGUGUUGCGAUUUCGUUGAAGUCGUUGUCGUUUUACUGGUGUUCCUCACAUCUUUACUGGUACUUCUCGCGUCAUUUACCACGUCGUUUACUGGUGUUUUACCGGUAUAAUCCUUUGUUGGCAUCACGUCGUCUAAUGGCUAGGCUUACAGUAGAGCUAGAAG